AUGCGUAACUUCUACAAGACCACAAAUGAGUUCGUUGUGGAGAGGAAGAUGGUGGUUGUUACCGGUGGUUCGGAUGGCAUGGGCAAAAGUGUCGCUAUGGAGUUAGCCAAAAAAGGGGCCAGUGUAACAAUCGUCGGCCGCGAUGUGAGCAAGUUACAAGCUGUCUAUGAAGCCAUGAAGACAUUCGCUCCUCCCACGUGCGACCAGAAAUUUCACUGGAUCAAAGCCGAUUUGACCGACCCCAAGGAAUCUGAACGUGUCAUGGACGAAGUUACCGAGUUCAACGACGGAGUGUAUCCCGAUAUUGUCUGGUGCUGCGUUGGACAGUGUUUGCCUGGGUUUUUCCUCCAUUCUUCUCUUGAGACCUUGAGAGCACAGAUGGACACCAAUUUUUGGACCUCAGCAUAUACUGCAAGGGCUAUUAUGAAGCGAUGGCUAGCUCCGGCCUCUACUGCUCAAUCUCCGGAACAGCCACCUCGUCGUCAUUUGAUCUUUACUAGCUCCGCUGCUUGCUUUGUCCCGGUGGCUGGGUACGCGCCAUACGCGCCAGCAAAAGCAGCCCUACGCGCCCUCGCGGAUGCCUUGACUUCUGAGAUCGAGAUUUAUAAUGGCUCCCGAAGAAACCCGUCCCUCAACGCCCCUGCUGCGGAUGUGAGAACCCAUAUCGUUUUCCCGAUGGGAAUUUUGAGCCCUGGAUUUGUCCAUGAACAAAGAAUGAAGCCUGCCGUGACGAAACACCUUGAAGAGUCUGACAAGCCACAAACACCAGACGAAGUUGCCACGAUUUCUAUCAGGGGGCUCGAAAGAGGCCAAUACAUGAUUACAACAAUGGCGGUAGGCACGAUCAUGAAAGCAAAUUCAAUGGGGGGUAGUUAUAGGAACAACGUCAUUUUCGACACUUUAACCACCUGGAUGAGCAGUCUUAUUUUCCUUCAGGUUGUCCCGGACUUGAGAGGGAGGGCCUUCCGAUGGGGCCGAGUAAACGGCAUUCCCAAGAAAGGAGAAGACAAUAGCUUGGCACCUCAACCCGUGAUGGGAGACUGUAUCGACGGGGAAUAA